UUGAAAGCGGGGUCACUGCUGAAGCGCUUCCGGUGUGUUUGAAGUUUAAGUGUUUGCUUUCUUCUGACUCCUCUGGACAAAGUUUAGACUCCACUGUGGCUAAAAAACACUUUUGUGUUUGUUUCUUCUGCUGUAAUCAUGAAUUUUAAGAUACGAGCUGCCUCAAAAGAAGAUUGUAAAGACAUAUCGAGGAUGAUAAUGGAGUUGGCAGUUUAUGAGAAAAUGCCCGACCAAGUGAAGAUUUCCCAUGAAGAACUUCAGCGUGACGGUUUCUGUCAGAAUCCCUUCUUUCAAUGUCUGGUUGCAGAAGUACCAGAGGAGCAGAAAUCCAAGGAAGGAUGUACAGUUGUUGGAUACGCGCUUUACUUUUACACCUACAGUACAUGGAAGGGCCCGACAGUAUUUCUGGAGGACCUGUAUGUGAUGCCAGAGUUCAGAGGAAAAGGCAUUGGCAAAGGCUUACUGAGCAAAGUUGCUGAGGUAGCGAAGAAGAAGAAGCAGUGUGUGCACCUGCAUUUGUCAGUGCUGGACUGGAAUACUCCUUCUCGAGACUUCUACGCUGCUAAAGGAGCUCAGGACCUCACUGUCACUGAAGGCAUUCAUGUCUUACGCUUUGAUGGACAAAACCUGGACAAUUUAGCAAAUGAGGCUCCCAAAGACUGAAAAGUUGCCGCGAGAAAUACACUGUGUCCUGCUGUGAAAAAUGUUUACCUUUAUAAAGAAAUGCCCAAAUAUGUUUUAAUAUUUUUGUCUACCUUGUUUUUCCCUGGAAUAGCAAAUGUAAAGCCAACUAUGUUGAGAAGUACGUACAUGUGGUGUAUAAAUAGUGUUUAUAGUGAUUAUAAUGAUUAUUAUAAACUCUUAAUGCACUUUUAAUUACUCUGUAACCUUCCUUCAUUUUGCAGACAUGGCUGCAUGUGGUUAAUCUUUGUCACUUUUCACAUCAGUCUUAUAAUUGUUUGUUCAUCAUGUAUCAUUAAUACAGAUAGCAAGUAAUAAAUUGUGUUUAUCAUGAAAUUCAACACAGUCCGACAGUGGUUUGCUUAAUCUCUGAAAACGCUGUCUGGUUUCUCAGACGCGACUAGACGAGAGUCAAUCCACUCACAGAUGUGACACCACAUCUUUCCAGUAGGUGGCGUAUUCAACCAACAAUCUGUAUACGGUACUUCAAAAGUCAUGUUAAAGUGUGUUGGCUGUCUUGGAAGGCGAUGUUCUGUGAAAAUUGCUCCGUCUUUGAUCAUGUUCAUGCACAAUGUGUUUUCUAAAUGAGCUAUAAAGGAAAACAUCCUGACUACAGUC